AUGCCAGCUAGUCACGGUUUUGCAAAGUUUAUGAAUAAUAAAGAUUUCCAUCCUGGAUCACAAAGAAAUAUCAAAAUGGUUUGGAUGGCAGAACAACGUAUAGCCGCAAAGGAAAAAAAGGAAAAAGAACUGAAGGAACAAUAUGAGAAAGAACAAUCUCUCUAUAAGACAAGAGAGAUUAUAUCCAAGGAUAAAGAGAAGCUAUCAGUUAAUUUCAUGUACGAUGCACCACCCGGUCUCGACAAAGAAACCAAGACCACGGUAAAGAUUUUCUUAUGUCGUAAUGAUGCAUAUCGCAUACAUUAUGCUAAGGAUAUAGCCGCGACAGACAAGCCUUUCGGCAUUGCUGUCAGGAACGUUAGAUGUAUUAAGUGUGGUAAAUGGGGGCAUGUAAAUACCGACAGAGAGUGCCCUCUAUUCAAUCAUACAAUUUCCGUGAGUGCGCCAUCUGAUCAAAAUGAGGAAGCAUCCGAUGAGAUUAGCCCUGAGAAAUUAAUGCAAGCAAUGAGAGAGAAUGGACUGACUCUGAAACAGUCCGUCCUUGGUCGCGUAGUGGAUAACAGAGCUGCGAACCAGCAAAUGAUCGAAUCAGAAGAAGAACUAAUUGAUGAUCCUGAAGUGAAUUUUUUAAAUUCCCUUACAAGAAAACAAAAGAAGAAGCUUCUAAAGAAAUUGGAUAAGCUCGACAAGAAAGCAGAGGGCAAAUCUUCCGAAAAAAAGAAGAAGAAAAAGAAAAAAUCUAAAAAGUCAUCAUCUAGUUCUGAUGAGGACAGUGAUCGUCAUUAUCGUUCUACUCAGAAAAAGAAUAAGAAAUCUAAGGCCAAUAAUUUAAGUGGCGAUAGCUCUUCUUCUGAUGAAGAAACUACGAAGAAGUCUAAAGCAAGUAGUGCCUAUCGCAAAGAUAUGAGAGACGACCCAAUAAUGUUAGCAGAGCAUCGAUCGAAGGGUACAGACAGUCAUAGAUAUCGAUCUCGUAGUAGAUCGCCGGAAUCAGAAAGAAGAAAAUACUCAGAACAACAUAGAACAUCAAAGACUGAAAAGCCUCAUCGUUCGCGUCGAUCUCGAUCUCGCAGCAGAUCAACGGAAAGAUUCCAUGACAGAUCGCGAGGUCGAAGUGAUUAUCGAAAUGUAGAUACUUCUGAAUCAAGAGAGAGCAGAUAUAAUACACACCAUCGAUAUCGCUCCAGCGAUAAGAAAAGUAGUGGACAUCACCGUGAGCACGAAAGCAAACACUAUUGA